GCCGAUAGACGCCGACCCGUCGAGCAGAGAGAGGAGCUGUCCCUUCCUGCUACCUUGCUGCUACAAUACAUAUAUGUAUGUUCCAAAUCCUACGUAUCGUAUCAUCGUUACUUGACUGUUCCUCCCAUUUUGCCAGCAAUGCGCGUUGAGCGGGGCUCACGGUUCUAUCAUUGACACGGCAAUGAUUUCCAGUCAAUCUGACAUUGUAUUUAAUGCAUCCCUGCUCUCGACCUCCACCAUCGUGUUUAUCCGCUUUUCAACCCCAGUAGACUUAAAGCUGCGAUAACAUAUGGCAUACACUGACACUGCCAAUAGUGGACGCGUUGGAGAUUCUGCUAUAUCCCCAACAAGGCUAUCCCUCAAGAGAACACUCAGCUCGCCUCCGGAAUACUCUCAUCAGGUGCAUUGGGAUAACACGCGCCAGACACCUACCCGUAGAAGGCUUGAGGACGUAAUACCAAGGAGUCACGACCACAGGACGCUCGUCCUCUGUUUCGAUGGUACAGGAGAUCAAUUCGAUGAGGAUAAUUCAAACGUAGUCAACUUAUUUUCGCUGUUGAAGAAGGACGAUCCGUCUCAACAAUUGGUCUAUUAUCAGUCAGGUAUCGGGACAUACACUAUCCCUCAAAUAGCUCAACCAUGGAUGGCCAAACUCCAUAAAGCUGCAGAUAUGAUGGUUGGCAUUCAUCUCAAUGCGCAUGUCAUGACUGGCUACGAAUUCUUGAUGCAAAAUUACAAAAUAGGAGAUAAAAUAUGUAUCUUUGGAUUCUCUCGCGGUGCCUAUACUGCUCGUGCCUUAGCAGGAAUGAUCCACAAAGUCGGGUUGCUUCCACGACAUAACCACCAGCAGGUGCCUUUUGCAUACAAAAUGUAUACAAGGGAAGACGAGACGGGUUGGCGACUCAGCACGGCGUUUAAAAAAUCAUUCUCCAUAGAUGUUGACAUUGAUUUCUUGGGACUCUGGGACACUGUGGGUUCGGUAGGAAUUAUUCCUAAACGAUUGCCCUUCACUAGUUCCAACACCUCCGUAAGAUGCUUUCGACACGCGCUUUCCCUCGAUGAACAUCGCGCGCGAUUCGUUCCGAGCCUCUGGGACCAUUCCUUGCCUAAUCGUCAGUUCAAGAAGCAUUUGAGCUUCAGGUUUGGUCUGCCUCGCGGCGUGAUGCCAAAGUCCAAGAAACCAGUUAGGAAUCUACAGCACCCCAAGCAGAACGGUGUUAUCACGGAAGUCGAACCACAAUCAUAUCGUGCACCCAAUAAUGAAUCAGCUCGGUCGACCAAUAAUGGUCCCGCACACAGGACUCUUAGCCAGCUUGAGCGAGAGUAUGAUGCUAUGAUUGGCCUUGACGCGGACCCUGAUGUUGUUGAUCAGACUCCUACAGAUGUACAGGAAGUGUGGUUUGCUGGAUGUCAUUGUGACAUUGGUGGAGGCGCAGUCAAGAAUGACACACGAAACUCACUAGCGCGUAUUCCUCUCCGGUGGAUGAUACGAGAGUGCUUCAAAGUCGGCACAGGCAUCAUGUUUCAUCAGGAAAUACUCAAACAAGUAGGAUUGGACCCUGAGGGUCUGUGGCCUCAUAUUCGAGAACGUCCCCCACAUGCCACUGCUGGUCUCUAUUAUCAAGACCGAUAUACGUCGGUUGCCGGGACUUCUGCCAAUAUGCCCUCAAGUUCUGAAGGCCAACGGUCAACUAUUCUCGCUGAUUUUAUCACGGAAGAAUACGAAGAUGAAAUGGAUGCACUCAGUCCUAUGAACGAUGUGCUCAAAACAGACCCGGGAUGGUGGAUUCUGGAGAUGUUGCCUUACAAGGUCAAGUACCAGAGGAAGCAAUCAAACGACUCGGAUGAUGACGACAGUCAUAAUUCCAGCAUGGGACGACGAGAGAGUGGCAGUGGCAGGAGUAGUGUGAAAUGGGCUUCGAAGAUCUCAUGGGCGAACCUUGGUAGAGCACGACACAUACCUCGAAAUGUACAGGGAGGUAUCAAGGUCCACCGGACUGUGAAGAUUCGAAUGGAUGCAGAUGUAGUGGCGUUGGCGGACAGUAAAGGGAAGGUGAAAGGGAAAGGGAAGAAGUACAUUCCUCGUCCCAAGUGGGAUUUUGAUCCAGUGUGGGUGGAUUAAGGCUUAAAUAUUAUAUAGGAAAACAGCAGGAUAAUAGACAUGUUUUGUGCAAGGUGUAUAUUUCCCCACCUUCCCGUUUUCCGGUUUCUGGUGCUUGCAUGGAAGCGGCGUUUUAAAUCAUUGGUCUCAAGACUCAGGCUAGCUCAGGCUUUUCCGUCAAUAAUCAGAUGUAUUGGGCUGUCGAUGAUAUAAACAAGAG